AUGAGCUUUCAGGAGCCUCCGAGCUCCUUCGUGGAGGACAUCCCCGACAGCAAUCCUUCGCCUGACGAUAUUGAUAACCUUCUGAAUACUGAACUUUGCAGUCUGUCGCUUAACGAGCGGGGACAAGUCUUUGAUGAUAUCCAUGGGGUGUCCGACGUUAUUGAAGAAACUCCGGAAUUGGUAUCUGAGGGCCUACAGCGAGUAGAUGAAGAGUUGAAGCUAAUCAACGACAAAUAUGCCUACGAUUUUGCAUAUGCUUUGGACCCAAAGUAUGUCAAGAACCGGGUAUUUUUAUUGCGGUUCCUUCGAGCAACAAUGUUUGAUGCGCAUUCUGCAGCUUCUCGAAUUGUUCAACACUUUGAAAUCAAGAUGGAGCUCUUUGGUAAAGAGAAAUUGUCUCAGGAUAUUACCCAAGAUGAUUUAGAUCCCGAGGACUUAACUAUGUUAUACGCUGGGUACUAUCAGAACAUCGGAGUCCGAGAUCGGGCGGGCCGUGGUGUAGAUCUUUGGUUGACAGGCUUGAAGCCAAAGCUAGGGCUAGACCCUGUCACUGAAACGAAACACAGGUUGCGACGCAUGUUCUACGCACAAAUGGUUAUAUCAAUGGAUGAAGAAAUUCAGAAGAAGGGUCAGGUGAUCAUUGUCUGGGCUGUUGACAUGCCACAAGGUUCCAACAAGAAUCGAAGUGCAGUAUGGGCAACAGUAAAAAUGCUGUCAUGUCUACCAAUUAGACUGAAUGCUGUUCAUAUUUGCUACGAUAGCGUACUUCUGAAGGCGCUCAUUACCCUAGGUAGUUAUGCCGCUGAUGCAUUUACCAGAGUUCGAAUGAGAUCACAUUAUGGUUCCUAUUCUGAAUGCGUUCAUGAAUUAAAAACGUUCGGGAUUCCUAUUUAUGCUCUACCCUUUGAUGAGAAUGGGAAUGUGAGCACAGAAAACCACAAGGCUUUUUGGGGGAAGAGACGACAAUUGGAGAGAAGUUGUUCUGGUUUGGGAAAGGUCCUCUCGCCUGGACCCUUUGAUGUAUUGCUGGGAAGGGGAAGGCUCUGUCAAGAGCACGUCGGGAAUGUCCGCUACCGGCAAAUGGUUGUGAAGCACAAGCAGCAAUACGAUAAUUCAUCGACAGUGGACAAGACCGCGAUAUCUUUUAUGAUUGUAAAUAUGGUGAAGGAUUCAUCAGGCCGUUUCUUAAAGGACAACGGUAAUGGUUGGGUGGAAGUAGAUGACAAGAGGGCAAGAGACAAGGUAUCCCACUCGUUUCGGACUCUGCGAUAUACCAAUAAUGCUGCUUCAAAACCUUGA